AUGACCCGCAAGGUCCAGUUCCAUGUGGUAGACGCCGACCUUACCCAAUUUAACUUCACCACCAACAACAGCCAACUCCUCUUCAACCUCAACCUCAACAUGACAAUCAAAAACCCUAAUCUUGGGUUUGGAAUUUGGUUUGAGAGCAUCGAAGUGGCGGUGUUGUAUCAAGACAUAAACAUUGGGAAUAUGUCGUUGUCGCCUUUCUAUCAAGGAGAUGAUCAAGGCACGAGGCUACUCAAAAUGAAGUUGUAUGGUCAAAAGCUGGUGAAGCUCAAUGCGGAGCAGCUUGCUCUGUUGAGUGUCGAGAAAAUUGCUGAGAUAUUUUCUAUGAAAGUGGAGGUUUGUAUUCAGAUGAGAGUGAAGAUUGGGCCCAUUAGGUUCAAAAUCAAGCCCAAGGUUCGUUGUGGGAUGAAUGUUCCUUUGAUUACUAGUCGAAGAUCAUUCCCACGUUUCCGGAUUAUUGGUUGUUACGUGGCUUAUUGA